GAACAUCGGAAAGCACCUCGACCGUAGAAACCUGAAACAAUGCCCCAGUGUGCCCGCAACGGAUGUGGACAGGAGUACGACGCCGAGCAGAACACGUCGACCAGCUGCUCAUAUCACCCGGGUGGUCCGGUAUUUCACGAGGGCCUCAAGUCAUGGUCCUGCUGUAACACCGUGAACAAGCCCGUGCUCGACUUUGAUGAGUUCAUGAAACUCCCCGGCUGCACGGCCGGAUCGCAUACCGAGGAGGCUGCCAAGCCGCCGCCAGCUGUUACGCCUAGGAAACCCGCGGCGAACGUCACAGUUACGGAGGUCGAGCCGGGCAAGGAGGUCUUUACGACAGUGGGAGCAAAACCCUCGGCCUUUUCAGCUGCUCCCAAAAACGCGCCGCCACCGGUAGAGCCCGCCCCGGUGAUUGUGGAGGACGAGGAUGACACGUCCAUUCCCGUCACGGCGGGUACGAUAUGUCGCCGAACGGGUUGCGGCGCCGAAUUCGUGAGCGAUGAGGUCCAUCGAGUAGGGGAUGGUGAAGAUACCGUCUGCACAUAUCACCCUGCUCCCCCCAUUUUCCACGAAGGCAGCAAGGGUUACUUGUGCUGCAAGCCGCGUGUCCUCGAGUUCGACCAGUUCUUGAAGAUUCCGGGAUGCAAAACAGGACGUCAUGUCUUCGCCCCGAAACGCAAGCUGAACACUCCUAGUGAAGAGCUGACGGACUGCCGCGUGGAUCACUACCAAACGCCUCAGGAAGUCCAUGUCACUGUGUUCGCGAAGCAGGCAGAUAAAGAGAAGAGCUUGGUUAAGAUAGAGGAGUCCCAGGUUCAUUUCGACCUUGUCCUCCCUAAUUCCAAGCGGUUUAAAAAGACGAUAACCUUGUUCGGCCCGGUCGAUCCGGAGGUGUCCUCUCACAAGUUCUACGGCACGAAAGUCGAGGUGGUAUUGAAGAAGCUGGAUAAUCGCAGCUGGACAGUCCUCGAACGAACGACUCAUGAUCUCGGCAAUAUCAGUCUGACUUUCGGCGUGGGCGGCAGGACAGGCACGAUCGGCGCGAAGAACGUCGUAUUAGAUGACCAAAACAAAAGUAGAGUAACAUCCUAAAAGGGUUGAGUGGGAUUAAUCUAUAGAAACGCGCGGUGCGCGCUGUAUGCGAUGAUAUGCGGUAUGCUGGAGUG